AUGUCGGAGUCAAGCUCAACUGUACAAGGCCUCGUCACGGCGCUUCAUGAACUGAGCAUCCAAUGUCUUAAAUCCCAGGACGUCAAGCAGUUUAACUUUGAAAAAGCAAACGAAGAAGUCAAGAACGACGCUGAGGCCAAAGGGCCUCAAGAACAAGUACACGAAAUCGAUAAGUUUCUUCUGCCCUCAUGCCGCCAGCAACUCAAGGAGUUGAUCGAAUUGCUGGACGUGGCCCUCACCGGGACUGAUCCCAACCCAAAGCUCCCUGAAGCGUUAAAGCUCGUUAAGGAACUCGGACCCACCUUGCUUCAACUCCACUCUGCUGCCACUGUUCUCGCUCCUCCUACCACCUCCAUGAGCCAAAUAUCCAGCUCGACUGAUCAGAAUGAUGGAGAUUUGAAAGAAUUCAGAUUGAACUACCGAAGCUCCGGUGUCACCAGCCUGAUUGGCGGCCCUCUCAGGGACCUUAUUCUUGAAAUUUUCCAAUUCAUUUUGACUAAACGAUACGCGUACAAUGAUUCGGACUCAGCCUACCAAAGGUUCCAGAUCAUCUCGGUAUCUCGCCAGGUCUUCUCUAAAAUCGAUCAACUCAUUGCUAUGCCCACGCGCUCUGAUGAAGGUGUACUCAAAAUCGACUGGGAAUCCUCCCACAAGCAGAUGGGUGAUUGCCUAGCGAAGUUAAACCAACGAGUUGAUGAGUCUGUCGAUGGACCAUCGGAAGGAGUUUUCCGGUCCCGUGUAGUCGAACUUUCACAGAAGGCUAUCCCCCUUGUCCAAUUAGCGAGGGUGUUCUUUAAAAACCUAGUAUACGAUUCCCUGUUCACCUUCGACGGCGAAUUGUCUUCUGCGGAGCUCGAUGAACUUCGACGUUCCUCUAAAGCUAUCACUUUCUAUCUCGCUAACAUCACUGACAGCUUGCUUCGUUUUCACCGAAACGAGCAAGUCGGAUACACAAACACCGUCCCGGCCUGCGCUGAACAUGUCAAAACGGGCAUGACUGAGGCCCUGGGCACAUUCCGAGCCCUUGCUAAACCUAAGAAUUCUAACCCCACCAUCACCUCCGAGGAGGCGUUCAGUGAAUUGUCGUCAUUGAUGAAAUCCCAAUUCUUUCCGGCUUGUGAUGCCUUAUGGGCCGCUGCCCAAAAGUUUGCUGCCGACUAUCCAGCUGCUCGCUAG